GUCAGACUUUUUUGACGUGAUAAACAUGUGAUGUUUGGUCGCUUCUCAUAUGACUUCGUGCUACAUAAAACCAAGUUCACCCUGAAAACAUGCAAACAAAAAACAUGGAACCGUCUUUGUCAAACAGCUUAAGAGAUAAGUUAACCUCUUAGAUGUUUUUUUUAAGCCAAGAAAUACAAACUUUAAAAGUGGAGACACAGAAGAGCAAGAUUUUAUUGAUGUGAAGAAGAGUAGAGGAUACUUAUGGACGGCAUUUCACCGAACUCGCUCUCCUUUCGGGCAAAAUUUUGCUAUGGAGUGGGUCAUAUACUCAACGAUCUGUGUGCCUCGAUGUGGUUUACUUAUCUUCUUGUCUAUCUUCAUAAAGUCGUCAAGUUUUCUAAUCUCGCAGCCGGGGCAUUACUGCUGAUCGGCCAAGUAGCGGACGCUAUAGCUACCCCAAUUGUUGGAAUCGAAUCGGACAGAACUCAUAACUGUGCCUAUGGAAGACGGAAAAUAUGGCAUUUGAUUGGGGUUCUCUGUGUAACAUUGACUUUCCCGUUUAUUUUUAAUUUAUGUAUAACUUGCGAGAACUCUUCGACGUGGGCGCUAUUUGUGUAUUACACCCCGUUCAUAAUAAUCUUCCAGUUUGGUUGGGCUUCUACGCAGAUAUCUCAUUUGUCGCUCAUCCCAGAACUCACAAGCGACGAACACGCUAAAACCACACUCAACACGAUAAGAUAUGGCUGCACAGUUACAUCUAAUAUUUUUGUCUUCUGUGUUGCGUGGUUUUUAUUUGAAACUGUGGGAGCUAAAGACACAGAUAAUCUCUCACAGAAGGAUGCUCCAGCCUUUACGUAUCUAGUGUUUGUGUUGGUCGGCACCGGCCUUGUGUUCAUGGUAAUAUUCCAUGCUGGUGUUAAAGAACCUCAUAGGACUUGUACAUAUGCCUUGGCAUCGUGCAAGAAAAGCAAGCGAUCUGCAUCUAACUGGACUUCAUGGUUUAGAGAACGUCAGUUCUACCAGGUUGGCCUGUUAUACAUGUGUACUCGUUUGAUUGUCAACAUCACACAAGUCUAUCUGCCAAUGUACCUUAUCUCAUCCCUAGAGCUGCCCAAGAGCACAAUUGCCAUUAUGCCCCUGAUUGUCUUUAGCAGUGGAUUUGUUGCUACAUUCAUGGCCAAGCCAACCAUUCAUUAUCUGGGGAGAAAGGGCACUCAUCUGAUAGGGCUCAUAAUCAUACUGGGUGUCAGUGUUUGGUUUUGGUUCCUUACUCCAAACACCAGCCAGAUAUAUGGCACCAGUGUUUUCCUUGGGAUUGGUGGCUCGUUGCUAUUGGUUACAGCACUUACUCUUACAGCAGAUCUGAUUGGCAACAAUAAGGAAACUGGAGCAUUUGUGUAUGGAGCCAUGAGUUUUGUGGACAAGUUGUCCAAUGGAAUUGCAGUUCAACUGAUCCAGGCCCUUCACCCGUGCAGAGAUGAGGUGUGUUGUCAUGAGUGUAAGGUCUUCUACCGCUGGGUGAUGGUGUGUGUGGCAGGGGGUGCUGCCAUUGUGGCUCUGCUAGCCCUCCUCUCCCUAGCCAAGACAACAGUUGGAGCAUCUGACUCGGAUGAGAACGAUCUAAACACAAGCAGUAGUGAAAAACUCCUCAGCAGUGGAAGAGAGUGCAGUACACUUUCAGAUUCCAUAAACGGGACAACAGCCAUGCCUCACACCCUCACACCCUAUGACCCACCAACAUGCUAUAAAUACGGAACCAUACAGUAUGAUUCAGAUAAAAACUGCAAAAUGAAGGAGCCUGCAGUGGCUUGUAACCAGCUAGAGCAUUCAAUACGCUCGGCCCACUCCAUAAACUCUGUGAACACUGAUCAGGAUGAGAGGGGGAGAUGAAGCCUAGAGAAAUAUGAGCUUCAUAUUGAUGGAGAACUCAUGGCCAGGAAAUUGGCCAGAGGGUCUAUGGCCAGUGUACUGCUCAGAGCACCUACAUAUGCCCAGGAUAUUGACCAGGUAGUUUAUUGCAAGGAUAUUGACCAAGUGAUCUAUGUCCAGGAUAUUGAGCAGUUUGUCUAUGACCAGGAUAUUAACCAUGUGGUCUAUGGCUAGGAUAUUGACCAGGUGUUCUAUGGCCAGGAUAUUUGCCAGGUUGUCUACGACCAGGACAUUGACCAGGUGGUCUAUGGCUAAGCUUCAGGUGAAAUGAUUUGGUCUACUUUGUAGAUUGUCCCAUUUUUUGUCCCCUAUAGCUGCAAUGCACAAAUUUUUCUUUUAUUUUCAAGGACUGCUAUGUCUGAAGGAGUUUCUCCUAACCCUCCAUGGUUAAUGCUCUUUAACAGGCUCCUAAAACUAAAAAACCUGGACAUUCCUAGCUGUAAAUGUUUCCAUACAGAUGAUAACAUUUUUGACAACAUUUAUAAAUAGAUAGGCAUUUGCUUUUUUCUGUUCUCUUCCUGUGAAGGCUUUUAUUUUUUUUUAUAAAAAUGUAUCAUGGGAUUUGGGCAGGGUAUCCA